AAGGGGCGGCUGCCGUGCGAACCAAAUCGUUUCUUCCCUGGGCCCUUAGGCGCCCCCCGCCCUGCGACAGCCCUCUCCUGCCCUGGCCUCAGCCUGUCCUUGGACGGCGUCCCGGUCACCUGCCGGCCGGCUGGAGGCCCGGCUGCUCGGGUAUUUACGGCACUGGCCGGCCGGCUCCAGUGCGCGGCUUCAGUUUCAGGGUGUUGGGCAGGCAGGCAGGCGGGCGCGGAGGGCGCAGUGGGCCCGAGCUGGGCGGCGCCCGGGCUGGAGGAGGAGGAGGAGGAGGAGGAGGAUGGGCUGUGGACCCAGCCGGCUGAGCUGCUGCAAGCACCCCGGGAAGGAACGGAAGCGGCACCGAGGACAAGAGCAGCCACCCAAGCCAGAGCCACAGGAACUGGGUCCCCUUAGCAAGGAUGCAGCCGCGACUCUCCCGCCGAGCGGGGCGGAGGAGGCCGAGCAGCACCAGGAGGACAUCGCCAGGCUGCUGCAGCAGCACACGGAGCAGGAGAAGCGGGCCCAGCAGGUGGAGAAGGCGAGGGAGCUGGAGCUCCUGGAGAGGCUGGAGGAGCAGCGCAGCGUCCUGGAGGGACAGCGAGAGGAGGCCCUGCGAGUCCUGCGGGCAUCACACGAACAGGAGAAAGAAGCCCUCACCCGCUCCUUCCAGGAGGCCAAAGCUGCCCUUCAGGACACCAUAGCAGCCCUGACCUCCCAGCUGGAGGCCUUCCAGGCCAAGAUGAGGAGGGUGGAGGAGUCCGUUCUGACCCGAGACUACAGGAAGCACAUCCAGGACUACGGGAGCCCCAACCAGUUCUGGGAGCAGGAGCUGGAGAGCUUGCACUUCGUCAUCGAGAUGAAGAGUGAGCGGAUCCGCGAGCUGGACAAGCGGCUGACCCUCAUGGAAACCGUGAAAGAAAAAAAUCUGAUGUUAGAGGAAAAGAUCACAACCCUGCAACAGGAGAAUGAGGACCUGCACGUCCAAGCCCAGAACCAGGUGGUGGUGUCCAGGCAGCUCUCGGAGGACCUGCUUCUGGCCCGCGAGGCCCUGGAGAAGGAGUCGCAGAUACGGCGGCAGCUGCAGCAGGAGAAGGAGGAGCUGCUGUACCGGGUCCUCGGGGCGGACGCCUCGUCCGCCUUCCCCCUGGCCUCUGUCACCCCCACGGAGGUCUCCUUCCUGGCCACCUAGGGGGCGGCUGGGCCGGGCCCUCUGCGGGCCCUGUGGUUCCAACCCCACCGAGGCUCUCGGAGAAGACGCGAGAACCUCUGGGUUCUCUUCCCAGGAAGGCGCGAGGGCACGGUGAGCUGCAAGUCCAGGUGUGCGCCCCAAGAGCCCUGGCCCUGGGGUCCCGAGGAUCACCCCGUGGGCUUUGCAGGCCCUGGGAACACGCAAGAGGAGCACCCUGCCUCCCGCUCUGUCACCCAGAUCAGGGAAACUGAGGCUUCUCCCGAGGCCCUGAGAAAGAGCCCGCCCGGGCCCCAGGGUGCAGCCUUGCUGCCAGCUCAGUUCUAGCCUGGUCUUUCCCAGCCUCGGUUUACCUCGCUCUGAGACUGUUAAGGUCGCUGUUGGGUGGCUCGAGUCGCGGCAGUGUCCAAUUCCAGGCCUGACUGAGGGUCAGGCUGCAGCUGGGGGCCGGACAUAGCUCAUGCCUCAGACCGGGCCAGGGAGCGGCUGGGCCGGCGCUCCAGGUCCUUCAGUCUCAGGGGCCACGUUCGGGGGUCUGAGGACCCUCAACAGGCCGAGCAGGAACCUCGUCCCUGAACAGAAGUGGAAACAGGAGUGGGGAGCAGACGCCAGAGUCAGAAUGGCUGACCCUGUUGCUCUUUUCCUUCUCCUGGGCUCCGGGGACAUCAGUCUGUGACGAGGCCCUUCUCUACCUACCCCACCCCAACCCGCUCUCUCUGCUGUCUGCCUUUAUCCUCCGGCCAUCCAGGGCUCCCAUGGCCCUCGGCUUCCCCAUCUGUGAAAAAGGGUGACUGCAAUCCAGGCAUGUAGUGCAUACCUAAAAUCUCCACACUCUGGGAGGCUGAGGCAGGAAAAUUGCAAGUCAAGCCCAGCGUGGGCAAUUGAGCUAGACCCUGCCUCACAAUAAAAAGGUGUGGGGUUGUAGCUCGGUCCCCAGGAUGACACACACACUCACACUCACACUCACACACGGGCUUGGGAGCUGCAGCGAGAGACCUCAGCAGGCCCAGCCAGCCAGCCUGUGGACCUCAGGCUCUUCUCAGGAAGCUCGCCCUACGCGGAGCCUGUCUGUGAGAUGCUUUUGCACAGCCCUCUCUCCCAUAAUCCUCAACGGUCCUUGAAGCAGGCUCUUGUCCUCAGCAGCGGAGCAAAGGGAGAUCACCAGAGCUAAGGCCCAGCGUCGGCAUGAGCCCUGAACCGGCUCGCAGGGAGCCGGUCCGAGUUCGCUGUGGCUGCCCUGCAGGGGUCAGCAUCCACCCGCCUUUCCCAGGGCCCUGGACGCAGCCUCUGCCCCUUUAGCUCCAGACGUUCCUGCGAGCAUGUUUCUCCACCUCCCCGGGGAGCAGGGGGACCAAGAGGCUGGGAUGCAGAGACGCUUUUCCGGCCAUGGCCGGGCCUUCUCCACGAAGCCUGAGGACAGCCCUGGGGUGAAGCACACGUGUCGUUUUUCAUGCAGCUUUUCCAAAGCAAGGCAGAUCUGCAGUCUGUGGGACUCUGCAGCCUUUCAUGUGCUACCGCGCCCUGCGAAUUUUCACGCAGGGGGCAGAGUAUGGAGCACCUGCCAAACUGCCUCCGGCUGCAGAACGCACUUGAGGAAGCACCUGCUAGCCGAAAGGGGCAGGGCUGGGGAGCAGGGGUUUCCCCCGCGCAGCCUGUGGUGGACAGAAAUAAACCGUGGUCAGACCCUUACUCGGGGCAGGCAAGCUGUGGAAGCUGAAAUCAACUCGAA